AUGGCAAGAGGGCUUGGUAAGCCGGUAUCGGUUGAUCCGCGUACUUUGCGCCAUGAAUAUGGUUACUUUGCUGCAGCUUUGAUUGACAUAGAUUUUUCUCAACCUUUGGGAAGAAUUUUGAUUGAUGGUGAAGAGAAUGAUGAAAUUUUUGUUCAAGAUUAUGAAAUCCUUAACAGGCCAAGCUUUUGCGAUUAUUGUAAAUCUAUCGGCCACAAAAAAUCUGAUUGUAGAACAAAAAAGUAUGAUGAUUUGAAAGACAAGGAUGAAGUUGAAACUGAUCCUGAGAUUAAAAAAGCAAUUGAAGCUGAUAUGAAUGAUCUUAAGAAUUUCUGGCAAAAAGAACGAAUUCCUAAAGGUAAGAAGAAUGUGCCGUCUGAUGCUCCACUCUUGGAAAAAGACCAACCUAAGCAUGGUGAUGAGCCCAUAGCGUUGAAGAAGAAGCAAUCAGUUCUUGAGAUGGCAACUGGAACACGUACAAUCUUUCCUGAACAUAGCGAUAGUGCUGGUGCUACUUUAGAAGACGAUGAUAACGAAUUGGAGGUGCAUACCGAUGCUACAGCUUUGUCCGUCCGCAUGAUACUGUAG